CCAAGUAUCUCAGUUGCAAGGAAGGCUCAGGUUCUGUGGACAUACUUCUGCAACACGAUGCUUUGCACUCUACAAGCUCUCCUCAAAGUGAUGAUACUGUGAAGAGGUAACCAAUCCCACGGAGUUUGUUAGCAAAGUCUUAGCAGCCUCAGAGGAAGGAGAGUGGAGGGAGAAGGUAAGGAAGUUGCUCCGAAAAAAGUGGAGUUUUCCUAAUUGUACCUUCAGGUGUGUGAAUGAGAGCAGGAAACAGCAGAUGAUACAGCUUUGCCUGGCUAACUGGUUUGGCUAUAGCUGCUGCUGCAAAAAAAACAUAAUGUCUGCGUCUCACCUGGCAGUUUGGCUCUGGCUCUCCUGUUAACACACACCACUCCUAGUAGCCUUUCCUGGCUUUCACUCAUCAGGGCAGAGUCUAUGGCCAGGAGGCAAAGAGCACGUUUGGGUUUGUGCACCAUGUGUUUAGAGUCUAGGCAGGCAUGAAGUUAUCCAAGGAUGUUUCAUAGGCUAGUGAAGAGUUUGUAAUGAGGAAAAGGGGAGGAUGUUCAGCAAAGGCCAGAGGCUACUCUGUUUCUGUGUUAGCACAGUUCGGUUUGCAGACGGCUCACUUCACUACUGUGCAAUCACUGAGUUCCAAUGUGUGGUGGAAGAUCAUUUUGCAGACGAGGUCCCUUCCUAGAACAGAUCACAGCCCCAGCGGGAGAUGCAAGACAGAAAGAACCAAAUCCCGCGCGGCUGACACCUCUUGCAGCCCCGCUGCUUCAGAGGGGACGAGCUCUUCCUCAGCUCAGCGUCCCCGCAGGGACAUACCGCAGCCCAGUACCCUCUGGCCCGGCACGGAGGGGCCGCUCCGGCCGUCACGACCCCGCUGGAGGGCGCCCGCUCCGCGCCCGCCCCUGCCCCGCUGCGGGCUGUCCUGCGCGGCCGCUGCCCGCCCCGGCGGCCGACCCGGGGUCGCCCCCGCGCCUUUACGAAACUCUCCGUGCCCCGCAGCGACUCUCGCCCUGCCCCUCACCGCCAGAACCCCGGGUGGGCGGAGAGGGAGCGGUCCCUGCGGGAGAGGGGCCGGGCAGCGGGGGUGGGAUCUGCUCAUCGAUCCCCCACGGGGGGCGGCGGGCCGCGUUCGGAGCAUCCCCCCUUCCCCAGCGCGGGGGAGCCGCCACCCCCCGCUUCCUCCGUUUAAGACUCGGGCUGGCGGGGCGAGGAGGGAGAGCAGUCGCUCCGCAGCUGCCGGUUCCACUUCCGCGGCGGGGCGCGCAGGGCAGCGCACAGGGCGGGCGCUGGAUGCGCCGGCGGCGGCAGGCAGGCGGCAGCCGAGCGGGACCCCGCGCAGCGGCGCGAUGAGUGCGGGCAGCGGCGCCGCCGCCGCGGCGGGUACCGCCACCUCCGCCCUCUGCCUGCUCCUCUCCCUCACCGCCGUGGCCGUCUGCCUGCUGCUGGGCGCCAAGACGGCGGAGCUGCAGGGCCGGUUGGCUGCGCUGGAGGAACGGGGUGCCGCCGGACACGGACCGCUGCUGGACGCGCUACAGCCCCGCGUGGAGCAGCUCUUCCGCGAGAAGCUGGGUGAAGGACUAGCAAAGCUGCGGACGGCGAGAGAGGCUCCCUCGGACUGCAUGUGCCCCCCAGGCCCCCCGGGGAGGCGAGGCAAGCCCGGCCGGCGCGGAGAGCCAGGACCUGCAGUAAGUAUGCUGGAUUUUACUGUUGGACCAACAAAAGGGCCUCUUGGUUUGGAUGGCAAACCAGGACCUCCAGGACCAAAAGGAGAGAAGGGUGAAGCAGGGGACGUCGGCCCGAGGAUGGUUUUUCCCCAGCUCAACCACGGAUUUCUGGCUAGCGACCAGCUUGUCUUUAGCCGGCGAGUGCUCAAGGGUGACCAAGGUCGAGAUGGAGCCACUGGCCCUCCUGGUCCACCAGGACCCCCAGGUGCCAGAGGGCCUCCUGGUGAUACGGGAAAAGAUGGCCCAAGAGGACCUUCAGGCCCCCCUGGUCUCAAAGGUGAGCCAGGAGAGGAUGGCCUCAUGGGUGCCAGGGGACCUCCAGGACCAAAGGGUGAGCCUGGCAUCCAAGGCAUCAAGGGUGAUGAUGGAAUGCCAGGGGAACCAGGUCUCAUGGGCCCUAAGGGAGAAAAAGGAAGCGUGGGUGUGAAGGGAGAGAACGGCACAGAAGGCUUGCCAGGACCCAAGGGUGAGCCUGGUGAGAAGGGAGGAGUUGGCUCCAUCGGACCCCGGGGUCCCCCUGGCCUGAAAGGGGAGCAGGGUGACACGGUGGUGAUUGACUACGACGGCCGAAUCCUGGAUGCACUCAAGGCUGCAGGGAUACACAGAGUGCUGGGUUCACCAGGACCACCAGGGCCACCAGGCCCCCAGGGUGCUCCAGGUCCCAAGGGAGAGCUGGGCUUGCCAGGUCCGCCGGGGCUGGACGGUGAGAAGGGUCCCAAAGGAGCCAAAGGAGACCAGGGCAGCGAGGGGCCCAUGGGACAGAAAGGAGAGAUGGGAGAGAUGGGCUUGUCAGGACCACCGGGAGCAGAGGGGCCAAAGGGAGACCGAGGAGAAAAAGGAGACACCGGCUCACCGUGUCUGCAGAACAAUCAUAUCAUACCCGAGCCUGGACCCCCUGGACUGCCUGGCCCUAUGGGUCCUCCAGGAAUCCAGGGGCCUAAAGGCUUGGAUGGUGCAAAGGGAGAAAAAGGUGACAGUGGUGAGAAAGGGGACCACGGUGACACUGGACCUGCUGGUCUCCCAGGCCCUCCAGGACUGAUUGGUUUGCCUGGUACCAAAGGAGAGAAGGGAAAGCCAGGGGAGCCAGGACUGGAUGGUUUCCCAGGGCUGAGAGGAGAGAAAGGAGAAAGAAGUGAAAGAGGCGAGAAGGGUGAGAGAGGAAUCCCGGGGAGAAAAGGAGCCAAGGGGCAGAAAGGGGAACCAGGCCCUCCUGGACUGGACCAGCCUUGUCCUGUGGGAGCUCAUAGCAUUGCAGGCAGCAAAAGAGACCCAGGUUUGCCAGGCCUGGGGGGGGUGAGCGUGCCCUGCCCUUUGGGACCAGAUGGGCUGCCAGUAGCAGGAUGUUGGCAUAAGGUACAGUAACAACCCCAAUUGUAGAGCCUUGAGUAAUUUUGCUCGCUGCAUGGUGAUGGCUUGCACUGCUGCACGUGCCUUAAAGUAACAGGCUAUGUGCCU